AUGCGCCCUUUUACUCCAACGACCAGGAAACUUUCCGGUCCUGCUACGAAGAACUCGACGCCUGUCCGUUCUAUACUCAAACCCGCGUCUGUUUUGGGAAGGAGAAAGGCCGAACAUGCUGGUCUCAGCGAUCCGGUAGAAGCCCCCGAGAGUCCUACGAAACGUCGCAAAGUCAUAUUCGACGACAUCCGAAACGUGACGUACGAGGUCGGUGGAAGGUCAAUGGACGAGGUGAAGUUGGAAGUCAGGACUGCUCUCGAGGAGCACCUGAGAGGAAACGAUGGUCAGUAUGACACGCUCAAGGAGCUCUUUGCCAGCGACAAGCAGCGGUACCUACCGCCUGUUAUCGGAGAAGAAGAUGAUACUUUGAAGCCACAUGAACUACAGGUCUACGUCGUAGCCCUCACCUCAUGCAUUCCCAUCCUUAAAGACAAGGCUUGCAACGGCCUGGUCAAGACCAUCUUGAACUGCUCCUGGCUCGGGCGUGACGACGCUUUCGUCAAAGUCUUUACCCAUUUCCUUGCUGCCCUGGUCAGCGCCCAGGGUUCUUAUCUGUCACCCGUUCUGACAAUGAUGGUUGAGAAAUUCUCCGACAGCCGGUCCGACGUUUGGAACGUCCCGGAUUUUCCUGAAGUCAGCCGGGAGACAAUGCGCGACAGAUUGCACCGCACCCUGCAGUUCGUGCUCCAAAUGUUUCCAUCCGCCGUUUCCGUGCUAGAGGGUCUCCUUGGCUCCAAGUUCCCGUACCAAGAUGGGUCCUUACGAGUCCACAUGAGUUAUGUGAAUAAUCUGCUCCGCGUCAAGGAUUAUCGCCCAGAGUUGUCCGACGAGGUGUUUGAUCUCAUUAUCGACCGAGUAGUAAAAGUCGACUCCCAAAUGCAAGUCGAUCUGGAAGACAUAGAUGACGAGAGAACUGCAUCAGUCCUGUGGGCAUUGCAAAAACACACAGAUACGGAAGACUGGGAACUUAACGACGACGACGACGACGAUAGCGACGCAGAAUCGGUUGACAGUGACGAUCCCGAUUACGACCUCGAGGCUGCCAAGAUCAAGUCCAUCAAGCAAAACGUUGAAAAGAUGGACGCCAUCCUUGACACUCUUUUCCGCGUUUACACCCCCUACUUUGCCAACCCAGGCUCCGAUGGAGCCUUCGACAUGUUCAGGGUCUUGUUACGUGAAUUCGAACGCAUGGUGUUGCCCACCUACAAGUCUCGACACACCCAAUUCCUGAUCUUUCAUUUCGCUCAGAUGCAUGAGCGUCUUUGGGACGCGUUCUGCGGUCAACUUAUUUUCAUCGCUUUCCAGAGCAACACGGCCAAUUCCACCAAGCAAGCAGCUGCAUCGUAUCUUGCCAGUUUUGUCGCCCGCGGCGCUCAACUUCCCAAAGGCCUGGUCCGCAUGGUCUUUGAAACCCUUCUUCAUCACCUCAAUGUUUAUCGGAAGAAAUACGAGCCCUUGUGUCGUGGGCCAGAUCUGAGACGAUUUCACCCCUACUACAGCCUUGUCCAGGCGGCACUCUAUAUCUUUUGUUUCCGCUGGCGUGAUCUCAUUGUCAAGACGCCGGAAUCUGUGGAUCCCGAAGACCCUGCGUCUUACAUCGGCCAGGAGAUGGAGUGGUUGGGGUCAUGCAGGAAAGACCUGUCUGCGCAAAUCUUCAGCAAACUCAAUCCUCUGAAGAUCUGCUCUUCUGGCAUCGUUGAAGAGUUUGCUAAACUCUCACACCGUCUCAACUUCAUGUACAUCUACCCUCUGAUCGAGAGCAACAAGCGUAUCCGCCUGUCGCAGUAUCUGACAGCGACUUAUUCCACAGGAGGAGCUCUCCGGGACGCUGGGUAUGAUAUGCAAGAUGAAAGUUUCCACCAGCUAGACCCUUACUUCCCUUUCGACCCGUACCAGUUGCCGGUCAGUAAGCGGUGGAUUGAGAACGACUAUUUAGAAUGGCAAUCGGUCCAAGGACUGAACGCUUUGGAAGACGAGGACGACAGUGAUGAUAUGGAUGAUGACGAUGAACUUGAUGCGGAUGAGUUCGAGGAAAGAACGGCCACGGAUAGCGACGGCGGCGACCAUGAGUAG